GAAAAUAUCAUGUCUUUGAGAAAUCCACCAAGAAAUUUAUACAGAGUGAUUGCGACAUGUACAUGGACCUUGGCCGUUGGUAUGACUGAUGGUGUGUUGGGUGCUUUAUUACCACAUAUAGAGGAAUAUUAUAACAUUAGUUAUGCUUUAGUCUCCUUGUUAUGGCUAGGUAAUGCUGUUGGAUAUAUUCUUGUCGCAUUCACUGCUCAUCAUUUGGAUAAUUACUUGGGGAAGCAAAAAAUGGCAACUUUGAGUUGUAUUUGCUUUACAAUAAUGUUUGCAAUAGCAUCUUCAGGUACGAAAUACCCAAUUAUGAUUGUUGCUUGGUUCUUUGGUGGUAUUGGUGGUGGUACUGGAUUAAGUCAAUUCAAUAUAUUCCUGUCAAAAUUACAGAAAAGUUCAAAGUAUCUUGGAUUAUUCCAUGGGACUUAUGGAUUUGGUGCUUUUUUAUCACCAUUGAUAGGAACAGUUAUGGUUGACCAUGGUGUUAAAUGGCAUUAUUUCUAUCUGAUACUACUCGGUUUAGAAUUGUUCAAUAUAGUUUUCGUUACACUGGCUUUUAAAGGGUGUGAUGAAGAUUUGAAAAGAUGGGAACAUGUUGAUACUGAAGAGGUUCAAACACCUCCAAUCUUUACAGAUUCACCACCAAGAGCUCAUGAAGAUGUGGAAAUGGAUUAUAUUACUUCUAAGAAGACUAAACCGGUUGAUGAUAAUGAAACAACUGUGAAGAACCCUGUUGACUCUGAUGACAAGCAUGAUUUCAAAGCUGCGUUCAAAGAUUAUAGAUCUUGGCUUACUUGUUCAUUUAUAUUUUUCUACCAAGGGGCAGAAGUUUCGAUGGGUGGUUGGAUCGUCACUUUUUUACUAGAUUAUAGAGGCGGGAAUCCUUCAUCUACAGGUUAUGUUUCAUCUGGUUAUUGGGCUGGUAUUACUCUGGGGAGACUUUUAUUAACAGCUUAUUUAUCAAAGCAAUUUGGUGUCAGACGUUCAAUUAUGGUAUUGUCCAUAUUCAUAAUGGUAUUUGAUAUAUUGACAUGGCUAAUACCGAACACUGCUGGGUCUGCUGUCUUUGCUUCGUUGAUUGGGUUAGGUAUUGGCCCAAUUUAUCCAAUGAUGGUUUCAUUAUUGACUAGAAUCUUACCAAGAAAGAUAAGAUUUUGCGCUUUGGUCUUGGGAACUGCAUUUGGUAGUUCAGGUGGUAGUGCAAUCCCAUUUGCCGUUGGGAUGGUUAGUGAAUUUGCUGGAACAUAUGUCUUACAUCCCAUGUUCUUGGGCUGCUAUGCUGCAAUGGUUACUUCAUGGGUUUUGAUGCCUAAUAUCGAGAGG